AUGCGGGUAACGGAUCAGCUCCUUGAGAACAACUUUCACAACGACAUUGUCAACCGACGGAAACGUAUCGCGGAAGGAACCUAUUCGUCUGAACGUCAGACCUUCGCUGUUGGGUAA